GUAGCUCGAUUCCUGCCUUCCUGCAGCUUCCGAGACUCCUCCCAGGAAGUCCCCGCUGCAGAUGAAGCGUUUUGGUACAUGGAGAGACCGGCAUGUGUGUGAGGGCAGCCUGGGUGGUCGUGCCGGACUUUUGCAGCGUAAUGCAGCGUGUCCCAGCUUGACGUCCGUGCCCACAAGAGUGAGACAGCAGGAGCCGUGGCAUGCUCAGGAGAGCAGGACCAUCUCUGCGUCACUUCUUGCUGGAGAGGAAUUGCGGCGCUGGAUAUAGCUCCUGCUCCAGCGAGGCAAAAAUGUCAAGGCCAGUGCAAGCUCGGAGGCUGGAGGGAGUCGAUAAGAAUAUCUGGGUGGAAUUUGUAAAACUGGCUGCCACCUACUCCACGGUGAACCUGGGCCAGGGCUUCCCCGACUUCCCCCCACCGGACUUUUUGAAGGAAGCGUUCACCAGAGCCUUCAGCGGGGAGAAGCACAUGCUGCACCAGUACACCCGUGCCUUCGGCCACCCGCCUCUGGUGAAGAUCCUAGCCCAGCUUUUUGGGAAGCUGCUCGGACGAGAGCUGGAUCCUAUGACCAACGUGAUGGUGACUGUAGGGGCAUACCAGGCCCUCUUCUGCUGCUUCCAGGCUUUCGUCGAUGAAGGCGAUGAGGUGAUAAUCAUUGAGCCCUUCUUUGACUGCUAUGAGCCGAUGGUGAAAAUGGCUGGUGGGACACCCGUGUUCAUCCCGCUGAGACCGAAAGCUCCAAAAGAUGGAAAAUUAAUGUCUAGUGCGGACUGGCAGCUGGACCCCGCUGAACUGGCUUCUAAAUUCAGUGAACGGACAAAAGCCAUUGUCCUGAACUCACCCAACAACCCUCUGGGCAAGGUGUUCAGCCGAGAGGAGCUGGAGCUCAUUGCAGACCUGUGCGUGAAGCACGACGCCCUGUGCAUCAGCGAUGAAGUGUACGAGUGGCUGGUCUACGACGGGAAGGAGCACGUCCGCAUCGCCAGCUUGCGAGGGAUGUGGGACCGCACGGUGAGCAUCGGGAGUGCUGGGAAAACCUUCAGUGUCACUGGAUGGAAGGUGGGCUGGACCGUGGGACCCAACCGGCUGCUGCAGCACCUGCGCACCAUGCACCAGAACUCGGUGUACCACUGCGCCACGGCCGCACAGGAAGUCGUGGCUCAGGGUUUCCAGAGGGAGUUUGAGCGCUACGGGAAGCCAGACAGCUACUUCGUCCAGCUGCCCAAGGAGAUGCAGCAGAAGCGAGACCAGCUGGUCCAGAGCCUGGUCGCGGUGGGGAUGAAACCCAUCAUCCCCGAGGGCACCUACUUCUUGGUGGCGGACAUCUCCGAGUUCAAAUCCGAUGUCCCUGAUGUCCCCAACUCCGACGAGCCCUACGACUCCAGAUUUGCAAAGUGGAUGGUGAAGAACAAGGGACUCGCGGCCAUCCCGCUCUCCGCUUUCUACUGCGGGCCCCACAAGAACAACUACAACUCCUUCAUCCGGUUCUGCUUCGCAAAGGAGGAAGCCACGCUGAAGGCAGCAGAUGACAUAUUGCAAAAAUGGAAACUGGAGAAAACUACUCCCUGAAGGCACUGGGGAGGGAACCAGGCUCUCCUUGGUCGUCACCCGCCACGAUCGCUCUUCUUCUUCCUUUGCUUGGCUACAAACUAUGCUACGUCCUUAUUUUUGUGCCUUCAACCACAUUUUUUUGUCAAACGGGUAAGAGGUUUGCCAGGCCCACGGUUUAAGGGGCUUUUCUGUCACUGUGAAAUGAAUGCACUGUUUCUUGCAAGAAGCGAGCCUUCUGGUGUGGCUCAGCGUUCAGUAUUACUUCUUCUCAUCUUUAAAGACUUCACUAAUCAGUUCUGGGAUGCGUCCAGCAAGACACGAGGUAAGGAUGGCUCCACCACCACAUUCUGAAAAGGUGUUUCAGGACCUACCUUCAGGGCCAUGCCGGGGUUGGUGUGGCUUGUCCUGCUCCACGUCCCCGCUCGUGUACUGCAGGGCUCAGGACAGCAUUUCCACCAGCACCCACGUUCCCCACGUGAAUGCAGCAUCGCUGCCCAUCAGCAGGUUGAUUCCUCUGACCCUGAAAAUUACAUGCAGGAAGGUGUUGUUUCCCAUAAUUAGCACUAAUCCCUUUGGCUUUUCUGCACAUCUCUGGGGAAGGUGACCACAGGUUCAGGAACCAUCUGCCCUUGACUAUUGCUAAGCCUUCCCCAUGCACCCCCACGCUGCCCUUAGGACUUUGUCAGGGCUUGGUGGCACCUCCAGGCUGCAAAACCAAACCCCAGCCUUUGACAAGAGCACAUGGCGGCCAGGGAGGUAGGGCACAGCUGCUGCCGGGCUGGUGGGGCAACACGAGCAGUAUUUGGGCAGGUAAUUCUUGCGUCAUUCUUGAUUUCAGGCUGGAUAAGGAUGUAAAAUAGUCAUAAAUUGUGCAGGAAUUACGUGCAACAGAAUGCGGGAUAAAUAUUUGUAGUGGUUAAAUUAUUAAAGCUGAAUUACUGCAAUUA